AUGGCGGUGGUUCUGCAGCACAAAGCUGCACAGAAUGUUAAACAACCGCCUUCCACGUUUUAUACCGGCAAGAAAAAUCCAGUGAUUGCAGCGUUUGAAGAUGAGUGCAAGUUGUUUAUCCAGUUUAUGAAAAGGAAGGUCUCACCGACCUACGUAAGAAAGGAUGACGAGGCUUGUUCUCGAGCUGCAGAUUCUAUGUUCGCACUGUGGAACAAAUAUGAGGAACGUUUGCCACGUAUGUUGUAUCUCACAAGGCUUAUUGAAAUGGGAGAUUUCUUGGUUUCUGUCAAAGAAUAUGACAUGGCACUUUGGCAGUGUUUUGGAAGAUAUUUACAGCAGUUCGGUGAUCGUCAGAUAGAAGACAUCACAGACAUCGAAACUGUCAAAGAUCUUUUCUUUCCUGAUGGGAUGGAAACUAAACAUGCAAGCCUAACAUUCCGUGCAUUGUAUGGUAAGAGCAUCUGCAACUAUCAAGUGGUCUUGCUCAUCGAUUCACAACUGCAGAACAUAGAGUCAGUUACCCAGUGCAUCAAGAUUUUGGCAUUUCUCCGGCUUAUCACCCAGGUGGUGUUGCCUAGGGAACCACUGUGUUGGCUGGUGUAUAAUGGUACCAUUCAUAUCUACAGCGUUUCCAGGCAUUUAAUGACAUUAGGACACUCAGCACAGGUGUUGGAGUAUCUGUUGUGGGCGUGUAUGUGCAUGGAGAGCUCCAUACCUCUGCUGAGUCUCAAGUAUUUGUUGUGGAGAACCACUUUGUACACUGCUGUGUGUCAGUGUUAUUAUGAUUCUAAAGCACCACAACAUGCUGAGAUGUUUGCGAGGAGAGCUCUGAAUAAGAUCAAUGAAUUGAGUCAGUUGGAAAAGAUUAGCUCUGCACCUGGAAGCUUAGAAUGUGAAUCGAUCUUCAGACAAGCUGCUGUAAAGGUCGGAGUGAUGGUCUACAAACGUGCUGUCUUUGAUACAAGAAAGAAACCAAAGGGUCUACUCAGACCUAAGACGAGAAGUAAUUUGAAGGAUUUUCAGUCUCAUGUCGGUGGUCGUAAUGCCCCUACCAUAAUUAUUGCGAAUGACGGCCGUCUUGUCUGGCGUAAGACUGCUAAACAGAGGCGAGACGAGCUUGUGAAAAAGCAUGGGAACCUCCCCUGGCCCCGCACUCCAGCUGAGAAACUCUUGGCCGACAUGUUUGAGGGCAGUGCGGCACAAUUCCUAGCUAUCUUGGAGACCAUCGCGGAUAGCACUCGCCGUAUGCUACUGACUGGUCCUGCUGCUCCUGAUUCAGAUGACCAUAUAUUGGACGUCUUCUCAGAACUGUUUUUUGCUGGUGUAGAACUUAUUUCAGGGGGAGGUGGCCACUCACCUCGCAGUCCCCAGCAAGCGACCGAACCUACUCUGUUGGGACUCGCAGAAAGUAGAAGAAGUCUGAUUGAAAUGGCAACGCGAGGAGAAGAUGGGAUAUCGUUACACAGUGUGGUCAAGUUUAUAAAAUGGUCAUAUAAUUAUGAACAGUGGGAUACCUUUGAUGCCUUAGUAGAGCUGGCAUUGGAGCAUAUUAAAGAAAUGCAAGAUCCAUAUUACGCAGCUGACGAGAAAGCCCUGGAAAUCUUACUAGCGAUGGAACCAUUGAAUCCUAGCAGAAAAUACAAGAAGACUGUCUCACAUGCCGAUGAGAGUAGUCAGAGUGAGAUCGGCCUACCACCACCUCCUACUCAAGCGUCUCAGAAAUCUGUAAUUGUGUCGCAUCAUGAUGAUAUGAUUAACUUAGCUGAGUUACUCAAUUCAUGCGUACAUGAUCCUGUAGGGGUUACUGUUGAUAGAGACAUGAUUGUUGAUGCUACCUUAUUUUUGUGGAAUAAGUGCAAAAACACAUUUCAGAAAUUCCAGACUGGUGCUUCUGAUAGCGGUAAAUACUUACAACGAAUGGACAACCCUGGAAAGUGGGUGCAUAUUCUCAGCAUAGUGCAUGAAGUGAUGUAUUGGUGUGGUAUAUCUCUGGUAGACCCUGCGGUUACCGCCGAGGUGGCUCUGAGGCUGGCACUGGUGUUGGAAAACAAUGCCAGUACUGACACACCAGAACGAGCACAGUCUGGGAAAGGUAAAAGUAAAAGUGGUGUUGGUGACUCAGCUUCCAUGACUGGUAGGAUGUCAGCUGAUAUGGAUGAGCAGUCAGUCUCCUCAGGUGCUGCUAAAGACUCUGCAGGUGGCAAGUCCCCAACUAAGAGCAUCACCAGUGAAGGUAGAGACACAGGUAGACCACCCACAUCAAUGUAUUCUUUAACUAUCUUACAACAAUCAGCCAAAGAUCAACUUCUGCUGGCAAGAGAUAUACUAGAGAGGGCUUUACAAGGUAUUUCUGAUGCUCGGGCGGCUGUGGCUUUGACCGAUGGUAAAUCUAUUGCUGAUGUUGGGUGGGUCAAGGAACUUCGUGAUCAUUUGAACGUCUGUAUGGAUUCUGAAGAUAAAGAUACAUCCACGGAGAAGAUUCCGGAUGAUCCAGAUGCCGUGCGUAACCUAAUCAUGGAUCUGCACAUGGAACUUUUGUUCAUGUAUCACCGUGUGUGUCUAAAAUUAGCCGCCAUGAAAAGUGCAGAGUCAGAUUCCAAGUCUAAGAAGUCCAGAAAAGGCAAAGAGAUAUCAAGCGACUCAAGUAGUUAUAUUGAGAAUGUUGAUGAGCUUUCUAACAGAUGUAACAAGAAUCUCAUAUCUAAAGCUUUGUUCUACAUGCAGAAGGCUUUAAGUGCCUUCCGAGAUGGUGCCUCUUCCAAAGAACUACAACCAACAUUACAGGAGGCGAUGAAUCUAAUAACAAAGGCUCAAGAUCAAGAAUACAAAUUGUUUACUCAGAAUACAGAACCUGGCGUGGUACGGGAGUCUGGUGCACCUCCUGCGCCGUUGUUGCUCUGUAGAACUGACUCCAUGAUGGUUUUCAAGCCUGCUCCCUUUAAUCCUGCAGAAAAGGUUGCUUGGUACCGCUUGUUUGCUCGUACUGCUAGUGGUAGUAACGUCAAAGUCCGUCUCAAUGAUUACUUCCUACCCGGCACUGGAAAUCAGGUGCCAGCAUAUGACUGUGAGUUGUCUGUAUCUGGUCUCUCACCCAGUGAGAGAUACGUCUUUGCAGUAGCAGCAUACACAUCAGAUGGUAAACUGAUUGGUGAUAGUAUUGGUGAUACAAGUAAGCCCAUACUAGCCUCUCAUCCAUUGCCUGUGCUCAUGGCAUGGGCUUUUCUCAGUCAGGCCGCAUAUCAAGUACAGUGUUACUCCAUAGCUCAGACUGCGUGUGAUGUUCUAUGGCAGCAUUUUGUUGCCCCAGCACCCCCACAAAAUGCUGAGGUGACAAUAGACACGGCAAAACAGGACUUUAGGCUCACUUUAAAGAAGUUGAACUAUUACACUGUGUCCGUAUCUUCACCUGUGUUACUACGGAUGUGUCUUGGUGGUAUAUUUAUUAACGUGGAUGUCAGUGCUAGGGAUGGGGCAUUAUUCAGUGAUAAAUUAUGCGAUCAAGGUCCUUAUUACCCAGGACAGCUUGGGCGACUUGGUCAGUGUGAGCGUAUGCUGGUCGCUAUUGAGCUGGCAGGCUGGUUGAAUGAAUCUAACAUGGCGUUGCAAGCAGUUGUACAGUGUUAUGGAUUAUUGGCACCUAUGCUACAUUAUAAAAUACCAUCUAUUCCAACUCUUCAGGUAUUAAUGCGAUGCCAAGCUGUCCUCAACGAAAUCCCCAUCAGUUUACGUAUUCGCCGUCAGGUCAGCAUCAAUGACAGUCUACACCACAUGAUAGCUACUAUUACUUACUAUUUAACUAAAAUAUUGAGAACCACAUGGAAACAAAGACACGUCGCCAAUAACAUUGUGGAAAUGGGCAAAAAGAUGCUAAAAGAAGCCACCAAGGAGAAAGAUGGUCAAGGGAAGGAAGUUGCUGCUGUGGAUACUGUGGAUAGUGUUGAUGCACUUGGGGGAGCACAAGCUUCUAAGAAGAAACGACCAAGGCGACAAGGACAGAUGACUUAUAACAUAGAGGGCCCUCAGAAUGAGGAACUCAGAGCCCUGGAAGCUCACAUGUUGAAGUUAUCAAAAAUGGCUCAAAGUACAGAUGAUUUGACUGGUUCUGAAGAUCCCAAUCUACUACAUGCAUACAUUGCUGCCUUGCCAAGUAGACAUGCUUACAAAGAAGUCAGUAAGUUCAGAAGACGUACUCGAUUCUUAGAAUUCCUUGUAUUGGUUGUACAAAAAGCACUAUCAGAGUCACAAAUAGACGUGGCUAUUGAAUGGUGUGAUGAAACACUUGAGUGGUUGCACAGACGUAAUGAGACCUUAUCUGCUAUAAAAGCCACUCUUUCAAAGCAGCCUGGUGCUGUCACAGUCGCGGGUGAUGAUCCGAAGAAAUUUGCAGCAGCUGUAGUGGAAUAUAAUAAGAAUAAACCCCAGGAGAGAUCGCCUGAGUCGAAGUCUCCUAGGAAAAAAAAGAAAAAGUAUCAGCUGCUGAUUAGUAGAUCUGAUGUCAAGUUGUCGGAUGCUGAGAGACACAAACAGGAAGAACGAGAAGAAAAGGCUAUUGAAAGCAUGGAGGCUAUCUUACCAGACUAUUGGCACACUUACCACAGACGAAAGAGACUCAGAAAGAUCUGUGCUGAUGAGUUGCCAUGGAGAUGUCAGAUCAAUAUUUUGCUUGGUUUAUGUCAUUUUGCCAAAUUUUUGAAUAAGAUUGAUUUGAGAGAGAAGUUCAUGCAUGGCACUGCAACUGACAUAUUCAGAUCGUCCUACCUUGACCACGAAUGGUUUACCUUUGAGACAGCUGGUACACUGGUUGUAGGAUGGGAUGGAGGACCGACUAGGCAGAUGACUAGAGAAAAUUUCAGACCACCCACUCAUUCUGAGCCAGUCACUGAUCCGUUGCAACAACUCAAUUUCAUGGAAACGGACAAGAAGGGAUUCACCACCGCUAUUGAAAUUGCCGCAGCUGCAGCUGUUGGAAAUGCCCCUCCCCCUGUACCACCUCCACCAGCAGACAAAGAUGACGACACACCCAGAACCUAUAGGUCUGAUGAGAGUCUUGGUAAAACAGCUACAAAGACAGCUACACAUGCCGCAUCAGAGUUUGACUCGAUCUCUGUUAAAACUACCAUGGAUGAAUUGAAUAAGGCAUUCGGUUACUUCCAGAAAGCAGUGGUUCUGGCUCAUCGUGGACAUCACUGGACACUACUACAGAAUGCUUGCCGGUCUCUCUGGAACUGUGCCCAUACUGCUUUAUUACGUGCCUUCACUAGUAACACUGGUGGUGGGUCUGGCGUGCUGACUGCCGAUCAGUUGCGUCAGUUAGUCUGGCAACCAUUCUACAUAGCAUCUGAAUGUUUAAUUGAUAUGAUGGUUAUACUGCAGAGUGAAGCAGAGAAAAAAGCUAAAAAGAAGAAAAAGCAGCCAGAGGUACGCGUCAACACAUGGAUGGGAUCUGUGACGGAUGAGAAAGGUGGGGCUAGUCUCAAGUUUGAAGAACCCUUGGAUGAUAUCACUACUAUCGAUGCUCGUUGGACACGUCGUAUGAUAAUGAGAACCAUUGAGAUUCUGUUCUAUGAACAGAGAUGGGAGAAAGUGGCCGAUAUGUGCAUGAAAUUUAACAACGUUACUCAAGAAAGGUAUGCUGAGCCUGUGUGUCCACUUCUUAUCCAAGCACAGAGAAAGCUGGCCGACCGAGUCGCAGCUCACGGAGGCCCUCCGCCAUUACAGCCUCAUUUCCAGAGGGCCUCAGAGGCUGCUGGUGGUGUACGAAUUACUGCCAGUAACUACCAGGACGUGCAGCUACGAGUUGAAGCUGAUGCUAACAACUAUAAACCUAUUGAUCCCGGUGGUCAUAUUGACCCCGAGGGGCACGAUGUUUAUCUCGGACCUGCUGAUGCAUACAAAUUGGUGUGUGUACCACUUGACGUCACCGAUAGUUUAACAUCAUUACGGGAUGCAUUAGAUGUAUCACAUUAUGUAGCAAGGGCAUUGCAGCAUAGUCGAAAGUUAUUGGUAUUGUACUUGGCUGGUCAGCAAAAUGCCACCAGAAGUCCAAGCCGAAUGAGCACUCACAGUCGUGUGGAGUUCGCCGAAAGUGAAGGCAAACCACAGGGACCAACUCCAGCUGAUUUAAUGAAAUGCGAAUUCAAAGCCAUGACUGACACUCAGAGUUCGGCUUUACCGAGAUCACAGCUCAGCAUUGUCAUUGAAUCGUAUGAUAAAACUAUUGAGAUGUUACAAGCCAGGAAUUACAGAGGACUAGCAGCCCAAGCCAUGCAUGAACUUGGCAAUGUCUACUACCAUGCUGGUAGUAUCAGGGCUGCUUAUAAAUGGUGGGCAGAGGCACUUGAUCUGAUUAUGAAUACCACAGAUACACUGCACACCUGGAGAGAGUUGCUAUCAAGCGGUGAUCCACAUCAAGAUGCCAGCGCCAAGUUACUGGAACGAUGUGGCCUAUGGGGAUGCGUUCUAGCUGGGAUAUUAACGGCGAAAAUAGCACAGUACAUUCUGACAUCUGAUCUUGGUCUACGUAUGCAGAGCUGUUUCCUGUCCGCUGUGCUGUUCAAAUCCCUAUUUCGUUCUACGCUGCCCCACCCUACAGCUGAUAGGGACUUUGCCCUGUAUGAAGUAGGUGAAGGAUGCGAAGUUCAAUAUCUGCUACCAGGAAUCGAUCUCUUGUCUGAUAGAUUCCGCUGUGAUGGUAGAACAUUAGUAGCGUGUGUGCGAUGGGUCACUGAGGAGCUGUCUAGAGGAAGACAUAACCUAUUGGUUCUACCAUUGCUGACAUUGUAUCAAUACUUCACAACGUUCGUAUGUCGGGAUUUACAAAGAGUUGUAGAUGGAAGAAUUUUGAAGAAAAAAUCAUAUUACUGGGGUUUUUAA